UUACUGGAAAUUUCUUGAAAUAUUUUAUUUUAGAGAUACAAAAAUUGAGCAUAGACAACAUGCGUGUAAGCUUUUUCAAGCUUCACGAAAACAACGGAUUAGUAUGUAUGGUAGUGCGUUAGACUGAUUGCGCCGCAAAUUAUAUUCUCGGUGAUUCGUAUGGUGAGGAAUGAAUGUGAAUAAAUUGUCAGAGUUUUGAUUUUCAUUUAAGGGAACAAAUUUGAAUAAGUUGCAAACAACAGAAUGGCAACUUUAGAGCAACAAGCUUCUAAACUUCUGGAUUUCAAUCAGAAAUUAGACAUCACUCUACUUGAUAAUAUAGUUGGAUGUCUAUAUUCCACGGUUGGGGAACAACAACGAACUGCACAGGAGAUACUCACUGCUUUGAAGGAGCACCCUGAUGCGUGGACUCGUGUUGACACUAUUUUGGAGUUUUCACAAAAUCAGGAAACAAAAUACUAUGCCUUACAAAUAUUAGAACAAGUUAUACAAACAAGAUGGAAAAUACUGCCAAGAAAUCAGUGUGAGGGUAUUAAGAAAUACAUUGUCGGUCUUAUCAUCAAAAACUCAUCAGACCCCGUAACAAUGGAGAAUAACAAGGUAUAUUUGAAAAAACUUAACAUGAUUUUGAUCCAAGUAUUGAAAAGAGAAUGGCCUCAUAACUGGGAAACUUUUAUAAGUGAUAUUGUGGGAGCAUCCAAGACUAAUGAAAGUCUUUGUCAGAACAAUAUGGUCAUUUUAAAGCUACUUAGUGAGGAAGUGUUUGUGUUUAGUACAGGACAGCUUACUCAAACCAAGGCAAAGCAUUUGAAAGACACCAUGUGUUCUGAGUUCAGCCAAAUAUUUCAACUCUGUCAAUUUGUCCUUGAAAAUUCACAAAAUGCCCCACUCGUGGAUGCCACCCUCCAUACACUGUUAAGAUUUUUGAACUGGAUUCCCCUUGGGUAUAUAUUUGAAAUGAAAUUGAUAAGUACACUCAUAUUUAAGUUUUUGAAUGUACCAAUGUUCCGAAAUGUUACAUUAAGCUGUCUGACCGAAAUUGCUGGCGUGACUGUCAGGAACUAUGAGGAGCAAUUAGUGGCUUUACUUGUUCAGACUAUGGAGCAGCUUGAAGCCAUGCUCCCCCUCACUACCAACAUACGUGAAGCAUAUGCUGCUGGUCGAGAUCAAGAGCAAGUGUUUAUCCAAAACCUUGCUUUGUUUCUCUGUACCUACUUGAAAGAACAUGGGCAACUCAUUGAAAGAAGAGGGCUCACCAACACUCUGAUGAAUGCUCUCCGGUAUCUUGUGUUGAUAUCAGAAGUGGAAGAAGUUGAGAUUUUCAAGAUAUGUUUGGAAUUUUGGAAUGCACUAGCUGCAGACUUGUACAAGAUUGCACCAUGCUCUCACACAUCAAACAUGUAUACCCUGGGAACAAGUGUUGGCAGGAAAGCAUUGUACUCUGAUGUGUUGAGCAGUGUUCGAUACAUUAUGAUCUCUAGAAUGGCUAAGCCUGAAGAAGUAUUAGUAGUGGAGAAUGAGAAUGGUGAAGUUGUCAGAGAGUUUAUGAAGGAUACUGAUUCAAUUAAUUUGUAUAAGAAUAUGAGGGAAACAUUAGUUUAUCUCACCCAUUUGGAUUAUCAAGAUACAGAACGCAUCAUGACAGAAAAACUUCAAAAUCAGGUGAAUGGCAGUGAAUGGUCAUGGAAAAACCUGAACACAUUGUGCUGGGCCAUUGGAUCAAUUUCUGGCGCAAUGAUGGAGGAAGAUGAGAAAAGGUUUCUAGUUGUAGUAAUAAAAGAACUACUGGGCCUUUGUGAGCAGAAAAAGGGCAAAGAUAAUAAAGCUAUUAUAGCUAGUAAUAUAAUGUAUGUGGUGGGCCAGUACCCCAGGUUCUUAAGAGCCCAUUGGAAGUUUCUUAAAACAGUUGUGAAUAAACUUUUUGAAUUCAUGCAUGAGACUCAUGAUGGGGUCCAGGAUAUGGCAUGUGACACAUUCAUAAAGAUUGCUAUCAAAUGUCGGCGUCAUUUCGUCACUACACAGGUUGGUGAAGCUUGUCCAUUUAUUGAAGAAAUCUUAAGCACAAUCAGUUCAAUUAUCUGUGAUUUACAAACACUACAAGUGCACACUUUCUAUGAAGCUGUCGGGUACAUGAUAAGUACACAAGUGGAUCAGGGGGCUCAAGAGCAGCUCAUUGAGAAGUAUAUGCUGCUGCCUAAUCAGGUAUGGGAUGAUAUAAUAUCACAGGCAUCGCACAAUGUAGAUAUCUUGAAGGACCCAGAGGCUGUUAAACAGCUGGUGAGCAUUCUUAAAACAAAUGUUCGUGCCUGCCGUGCUCUAGGCCAUCCAUAUGUUGUGCAGCUGGGAAGAAUAUAUUUGGACAUGCUCAAUGUUUAUAAAGUGAUGUCUGAAAAUAUUAGCCAGGCAAUUGCUUUGAAUGGUGUUGUAGUGACCAAGCAGCCACUUAUAAAGAACAUGCGGAUAAUAAAGAAAGAAACACUGAAGUUGAUUGCCAGCUGGGUAUCACGCUCUACAGAUAACAGCAUGGUUUUGGAAAAUUUCAUUCCUCCGCUUUUAGAUGCAGUUCUCUUGGAUUACCAACGAACAGCAGUGCCAGAUGCACGUGAACCAGAAGUUUUAUCUUGUAUGGCUGCAAUUGUUUACAAGCUAGGAGGGCAUAUAACAUCUGAAGUGCCAAAAAUAUUUGAUGCUGUUUUUGAAUGUACCCUUGAGAUGAUUAACAAAGACUUUGAAGAAUAUCCUGAGCACAGGACAGAGUUCUUCCUACUACUGCAGGCAGUUAAUACACAUUGUUUUAAGGCAUUCCUAAGUAUACCUCCAGCACAAUUCAAAUUGGUAUUGGAUUCCAUUAUCUGGGCAUUUAAGCACACAAUGAGAAAUGUUGCUGACACUGGUCUGCAAAUCCUGUACCGGUUGCUGCACAAUGUAGAGCAACAUCCUCAAGCUGCACAGAGUUUUUACCAGACCUAUCUGUGUGAUAUUCUAGAGCAUGUAUUUAGCGUGGUAACAGACACGUCCCACGGCGCCGGCCUCACGAUGCACGCUACGAUAUUAGCGUAUAUCUUCUCGCUGGUGGAGGCAGGGCGAGUUACCGUUCCACUUGGACCCACACCAGACAACAUCCUCUAUAUUCAGGAAUAUGUGGCUAACCUACUGAAGAGAGCGUUCCCGCAUUUAACAGACAAUCAAAUCAAGAUUACUGUUCAAGGACUCUUCAAUCUGGAUCAAGAUAUCCCUGCAUUCAAAGACCACUUAAGAGACUUUUUAGUUCAAAUAAGAGAGUAUACGGGUGAAGACGAUAGUGAUUUGUAUCUGGAGGAGCGCUUGUUGGCUCUUCGCCAAGCACAGGACGAGAAACGAAGAGUGCAGUUGUCUGUGCCAGGCAUUCUCAAUCCUCACGAGUUGCCUGAAGAAAUGCAAGAUUAAUUGUAAUGAAAACUAAAAAUGGUGGCAGUUCACAAUUAAGUGUGGAUUAAAGUCUAUCUAUUUUGUAAUGAAUGUUCGAGGGUUAAUAUAUUUUCAUUAUAAUGUUAUGUAUGAAUCAUUUUAAUCAACACUAGAAGCUUGAGUUAUACAAUCGUAAAUUGUAUUAUUUCAUGACAUUCACUGUCCUUCUUAUUAAAUACACUAGCAAAUCUCGUAGAGGUCUUUUUAAGCAUAAUUAAUUUAGUUGAUGUUAUUCAGAAGUCCAUGUUGUGCAGCUCAAACAUGCAUUCAAUUUCCGAAAUGCAAUACUUGUAGGUUUAAUAGGUACUUAAUCAUAAGUUUUACCUUUACAUCUAAAUCUUUGUGAUGCAUAACAUUUUAUUUAUGAAGUAUAUUUUUUUUUUAUUCAGAUAGUUAUUUGCUAGGUUUCAUAAUAUUUGAAUUUUAACUUUGUGAACUAAUGAAGUUGACUAAGCUAUACUUUGUGGACUGUUGCCAUUUAAACUGGCUAUAAUCUUGUGCCUAUAAAAUGAUACCUUAUUAUGAUAGUUUGUACAGAGGAUCGCUUGGAACAAUGCGAGGUGAUGAAUGCAAGUGAAAAGGAAAAGAAACCUUUUCUUGAAAGGUAUCUUUUGCAAGCACAAGGCAGAUUGGGCCUUUAAUAAUUAUAGGCAGGAAAUCAUGCAUCCAAUUUACAUUGCUAGUGAGGAAGUAGGAUAUUUCUAUGUUUUUAAGUAAUCUUCAAAAUGUAGGUAAUGAAAUCUCUGUGAUGGAAAACAGUGUCGGAAUUUCAACAUUGCACUGCAGAAUCUGAGUAUUACUGAGUAGAUUCUAGGCGAACUUUAUAAAGUGACUUGCUGUUAGUAAUAUUUUUUAUGUUUUGUUUAAUGUUGUCGAAACUAAUUUGGUAAUGGUUUGGAAAUCUUAACAUUCAAGGUUUUCGAAUGCAUUUUGGGUCCGAUUAACUGUCAGUCUUUCAAUUUUGUGUUUAAAUAAACCAAUAAAUAUGA